AUGGGGAUGGUCCCCAAAAACGCGCGGGACGAUGUUGCGAGCAACCGAAUGAACAACGCGACGCACAACGGGAUGUACAACGCGACAGACAACGGGAUGUACAGCGCGACAGACAACGGGAUGUACAGCGCGACAGACAACGGGAUGUACAGCGCGACAGACAACGGGAUGAACAACAAGACGUUCACCGGGAUGAACAACGAGAUGUUCACCGGGAUGAACAACGAGAUGUUCACCGGGAUGAACAACGCGACAAAUAACGGGAUGAACGACGAGACGUUCACCUGGAAGAUCAUGGCCCAACGGAGAAGGAUAAUGAGGGCCAUGGCGAACGCCGACCCCAACGGAAGAGUCAACUGGAUGCCCGGCGCCGUCCCCAACCAGUUCGCAGCAGCCCGGCACCCGGCUGGCCCCGCGCCCGUCGCGCAGAUGGGCCAGGUCCAGUUCUACAGGCGCCACCCCUCCCCAGCACCGCCAACUCCUUCUCCACCACCUGCUGUUGCGCGGCCAUUUGCGCUUCCAGUUGCGCGGCCAUUUGCGCCUCCAGUUGCGCCUCCAGUUGCGCCGCCAGUUGCGCCUCCAGUUGCGCCUCCAGUUGCGCCGCCAGUUGCGCCUCCAGUUGCGCCUCCAGUUGCGCCUCCAGUUGCGCCGCCAGUUGCGCCGCCAGUUGCGCCUCCAGUUGCGCCUCCAGUUGCGCCGCCUGUUGCGCCGCCUGUUGCGCCAGCACCAGAGCCGGAACCCGAGCCGAAACCAGAAGAAGAAGUCCCAGCGCCCAUGCGAGCACGGAGGAGGCGCAGGAAGCGGCCAGCCCCGGAGCCCGACGCCAAUCCGGGGGAGCCACGGCCCAAGCGGCCGAGGCGCAAACUCACUCGGCGCAAGGGCACCGAGGAGGAGGAGGCCAAGCUGGCGGCGGACGCGAUGGAGGGCAUGGCGAGGCACAAGCACCGGCUCUCUCUGGCCGAGUUCGUGCUUAGCCGGGUCGUCGCCCCCGGCAACGACGAGACGGAACCCGGAAUGGUCGCCGUCGAGGUGAAUAACAACACCGCGGGCGAUGCGGAGGACGACGAGGUGUGGGCGGCGAUCGAGGCCGAGGCCGAGGCCGAGUGGACGAAAAUGUUCGAGUUCGCCAAGUACUUGGACGAUGUCGAUCCGACGAACGAAAUGUUUUCUUUUGCUGAUUCAUAG